CUACCUCCAGUGCGCUAUAAAUCGUAGUAAAGGUAAGAUUAACCGAACGGGUUACCAGUUUAAAAAAAGAGCGAUAUCUAGGAUACGUUAUCAAGUACUUAACGAUUGUGAUAAGUGAUAAUAUUUUUUUUUUGGCAUAGAAAUGUGAACGUUUCCAAUAGUUUAUCUAUAAUAUUGUGUAGUGAAUGACUGACGUACAUUGUGCGAUCAUCCGACAAAAUGUUUAAAAAAAAUCGCCUGAAAGCCGCCGCACCACCGACUGAUCAUUACGAAAAUAACAAUAUCUCAAAAAAUGAAAAUUCCACGCUAUCACGGCCGCAACUCGUUUUUUAUUGUCAAUUGGCGCACGGGAGUCCCACAGGGCUCAUUUCAGGAUUCUCUAAUGUAAAAGAACUUUAUCAAAAAAUUGCGGAAUACUUCGACUUUCCACCUUCUGAGAUCCUUUUCUGCACGCUAAACACAUACAAAAUCGACAUGAAGAAAUUACUUGGAGGGCAAAUUGGCUUAGAAGAUUUCAUAUUCGUGCACAAAAAGGGUCAACCGAAGGAAGUGGAGUUGAUUAAAUCUGAAGAUGCACUCGGUUUGACAAUUACAGACAACGGUGCAGGAUGCGCGUUUAUAAAAAGAAUCAAGGAAGGCUCCGUGAUCGACGAAGUUCAACACAUACAAGUGGGAGACCAUAUAGAAAAAUUGAACGAUGUAAACAUGGUAGGAAAACGGCAUUUCGAGGUGGCGAAAGUUUUAAAGGAGAUACCGAAGGGCUCAACAUUCACUAUACGACUUGUGGAGCCUUUAAAGACUGGUUUUAGUAGUAUAGCACCAAAAAGCGGUCCCAAGACGCCCAAUAAAAAAGCAGGUUAUGGGACCGGGCGAGAGACUCUUCGAUUUAAGGCCAAUGGCAAAGCUGAAGUUGAAGAACAAAACGACGAAAUGAACGCCGGCGUGGAGAAGAUCAACGUAAUCUUAGAAACCUUCCUAGGCAUAAACGAUGCGGACUUAGCCACGCAAAUUUGGGAAAUGGCAAUAGGCAAAGCGAACUCGAUGGACUUCGCCGAGGCGAUCGAUAAUUCGGAUCUCGAAGAAUUUGGAUUUUCAGAUGAUUUAAUUAUAGAAUUAUGGGGUGCGAUUACGGACGCACGGGCGGGACGAUUAAAACGUUAACAAUGUGCCACUAUCGUGAUUUUAAGUAUUAAGACUGGGUAACCUAAUUCGCUAAUUGCGAUUAGUCAGAUAAUUUGCUUAUCGUAAUAAAGCGAUAGCUUUUAGUGAUUAGUAUUUUGAGUGCAAUUUUUUCCAUCUGUAAAAUUUCGAUUUUUUUCGUAUGAAAUUCUACCUACCAUUAUUGUUUUAAUUUAUUUCCAUCUAAAGCUUGUACUGUAAGUGUAAAUAUAAAAUCUAAGUCACAUUUUUUUAAAAUAUGAAAUUUGCACUGUGUAAUUAUAAGAGUAAAGUAUAACACCAAUAGGUAUGAACGACUGAAAACAUGAUUCUUCUUAAUACCUACUACAAUUAAUAAUCGCUUUGAAGUUGAAUCAGAUUGAAUUAGAUUAUCCUAUUCCUACCGUUUAUGUAUAACCAAGUUGGUUUCUGUUUCCAACCUGAGAGUAGGCAUAUGGUUCAGUUGGAGACCACGUAAAAAUAGACAAUAAUACUAUAACAAAAAAUACUGUAUGAAAAGUAGCACGUAUCAAUAUCAGUGUCCAUAUAAUAUAGUUGCAAUCAUAAUAAUAUAGCAAGUUAUUUAAUCCAGAAGUCAUUGAAGAUCGCAAUAUAAGGAGUAAAGCGAGAGUACAGCUGCCCAGUUUGUGCAAAUUGGUAAAAGUUAUCAAGAAACUGGAAUGACAACUGCGGCUAUUUAAAAUCUACGCAUCCUGAUGUUAUUAAGUAAAUUGCGUUAUAUUAGAGAAAUCAGUACUUA